AUGACAAUCAUCAAACUUGCUGGUGGUCUACCUCCAUCACCUCCCAAUUCGUCAGAAGGCGAGUUCAGUCCGGAGCUACCGCUCGACGGUCGCAUUUCAUAUCCAGCAGUGCCUCCUCCCGGCUACACUUUUACCAACAGCGGCAUGGAGCACCCUCGGAUGAUGGGAGACUUCACUCCCGGUACUCCCCCACAACAAAUGGUGAGUUCUGAGCCACAGACAGUUUACCUGUCAGCCAUUGAAGGAGAUUCCCCUGACAAGUAUCAGAUGUAUGGCACUCCACCUACCUACUACAGUUCCCUACCUACUUCACACCCGGUAAGUUCCCGUUGCGCAACCCGAACGCCCAACGCCAUGCUGAGAGAUACGGAAACGCAGCAACCAAUUUUGCCGGCCCAUCAAUCUACUACCCCCUCGAUGAUGCCGAUUGACAUCCCGGGAAGGGUUCAUUCCGCUUCGCCCUCUUCUUACAACACAUCUCCAAGCCAGAAGGCUACGCCCAAGGGCAAACCCCGAGCCGGUCGUACUAGCACGCAGAGGCGCUCUCGCUCUCACCGAACCAGCGUUAGCGGUACGAAGGUGAAGAUCAAUCUUCCCGGGCCUUUGUCAGAGAUCACAAGAGACUUCCUCGUGCCAGUCCGCGACAUGGAGGCCUAUGUACACCGACCGACAGCAGUCCGCCUCGAGGAGGCCACCCAGAGGAAAGCUGGAGAGAAGAAGCCAAUUGCCCGCCCAAUGAACGCGUUCAUUUUGUAUCGAUCGGCUUAUUCCGCUCGUUGCAAAGCUUAUCUUGGCAUGGAGAACCACCAGGAAGUAUCCAGGGCCAUGGGAAAUAGCUGGCACAAGGAACCCAAGCAUAUCAAAGAUCAGUUCAGCGAGUGGGCACGGGUUGAGCGCACGAACCACGCCAUUGCCUUCCCUGGCUACAAGUUCCAGCCGAAGAAGGACAAUCUCGGCGCACGCCGAUCAGAGCUUACUCCUCCACGUUCCGUCUCGGGGCUUGGAGAGACAGGCAGUCCCCCCGAGUGGGAUGCGGAGUCCGAUUUUGCAAUCGCACCACAGCCAGUCCACAGACGCACCCAAAGCUAUGAGGUCUCUAGCAGAGCCUCGACACCCUUUGACGGUGAUUCCGUUUUGGCCUCCAGCUUCCCCGGCUCAUGGAACACAAGUUUUACCUCCAACGGCAGCCUUUCGACUAUCCAACCUGGUAUGCUUUCCACUAUGACAAACCAUGUUGAGGAUCUUCAUUUCCAACAUGGUAGCCCUGCACCGGGCAUGAAGUACGACUUCGAUGCAAAAUACGAUUAUGACUCGUCCAGUGGAUUGACCGGCCUUCCUGGGGGCAGUCACGAUGAUCUCCUAGAGCCUCAGUCUCUCCACCAUGUCACCACCCACUUCGACAACGAGCACAUGGAUCCGCAGCUGCUGCAAUAUCACCAAGGCCCUACAAUGUCAGCCGAUCCCAACCACCUUUCGCAAGUGGGUGGCUACCCACCAGUGUGGCCGAACGGUGACUCGGGCCACUAUCUUCCCACCUCAAUGGCCUCCAGCCACUCGAGCCCCGCUGUUUACCCUGCCAUGGAUCCCCAUUUCAUGCAGCGCGAAAACUCUUGGGAUUUUAUGGAUCCCCCAACUUCGUCUAUCUAG